CAUGGACUGUUAAACCCUUAAGCCAUUUUCCCAAACCCCUCUCCUCAGCUCCACUCACUCCUAUGCGGCACCACGGCCACCGCCUCCUCCGCCGGUGGGCUCACUACAAGCCCCAAAAGCCGCAAGCCCCACCAGCCCCUCCGACGCCCCCGAAGCCACCACGGAAACCACAGAGCUUCACGUUCCACGACUCGACAUGGGAAGACCCGUACGGCUGGAUGUCGAACCUGAGCGACAAGGUAGCGAUGCGGCACAUGGACGUGUACAUGGAGCAAGAAGAGAAGUACACGGAGGCCGUCAUGUCCGAUACAGAGCGCCUCCAAGCCAAACUCCAAUCCGAAAUGGCCUCUCGCUUCGCCUUCGACCUCUCCACCCCUCCCCUCCGCUGGGGCCCUUGGUUGUACUAUCGACGAGUGGAAGAAGGAAAACAGUAUGCAGUACUAUGUAGGAGAUUAGCAAACUUGAAUGAGGAGUUCAUUUCUCAUAAAUAUCCUUCAGCUGGAUUUGAUUUUACGUCCGGGAAGAGAAUUGAGCAGAAGCUGCUUGAUUACAAUCAGGAAGCCGAGAGAUUUGGAGGUUAUGCUUAUGAAGAGUUAUCAGAAGUAUCUCCAGAUCACCGGUUUCUUGCGUAUACUAUGUAUGAUAAGGAUAAUGACUACUUCAGGUUGUCUGUAAGGAAUUUGAAUUCUGGUUCAUUAUGUAGUAAACCUCAGGCGGAACGUGUUUCAAAUUUGGCAUGGGCCAAGGAUGGGCAAGCAUUGAUCUAUGUUGUUACAGAUAAUAAUAAGAGGCCAUACCGGAUAUACUGUAGCAUGAUCGGAUCAACUGAUGAAGACAUGUUGCUUCUGGAAGAAUCAGAUGAUAAUGUUUAUGUUAACAUUAGACAUACUAAGGAUUUCCGGUUUGUGACUGUGAAUACAUUCUCUACUACAUCUUCAAAGGUAUUUCUGAUAAAUGCAGCUGAUCCAUUGUCUGGCAUGACAUUAGUUUGGGAGUGUCAAGGUCUAGCCCACUGCAUAGUUGAGCAUCAUCAAGGAUACCUUUAUUUAUUUACAGAUGCAACCAAAGAGGGCCAAUCAGUUGAUUAUCAUUAUCUUCUUCAUAGUCCUGUUGAUGCUUCUUCCAGUCCAAGAAUAUGGGAGAGUGUAUUUGUUGAUGAUGAAGAUUUGAUUGUUGAGGAUGUUGAUUUCAGUGAUAAACACUUGGUACUUAUUACUAGGGAAGGUAGAAAAUUCAGAAUUUGUUCAGUUACUCUCCCAUUGCCUGUUGGGAAGGGAGCAGUUCAUCCGAAAGAGCUUAACCCAUAUUUCCUCCCUCUUCCAAGACAUGUUUCUCAAAUUUCACCUGGGCCAAAUUAUGACUUCUAUUCAUCAACCAUGCGCUUUACAAUUUCAUCACCUGUGAUGCCUGAUGCUGUGGUUGAUUAUGACCUCUCAAGUGGCAAGUGGAAUAUCAUUCAACAGCAAAAUCUUCUUCAUGAAAGAACACGAAUAUUGUAUGGAACAGCUUCUUCUGCAAGCAUUGCUGAAAAAAGCUCAAAUAUCAUAAAUUCCAAUUCCAUGAAUGAAAUCAAUGCUGAAGAUGAUAACUCAUGGAAUGACCUCUCUGAGUUCUAUGCUUGUGAACACUAUGAUGUCUCUUCUUGCGAUGGGGUUGUGGUUCCUUUGACUAUUGUUUAUUCACGCAAACACAAGAAAGAGAAUCAAAACCCUGGGCUACUUCAUGGGCAUGGAGCUUACGGUGAAUUACUUGACAAACGAUGGCGUAGUGAGUUGAAAAGCCUUCUUGAUCGUGGUUGGGUUGUUGCUUAUGCUGAUGUUAGGGGUGGUGGUGGUGGGGGUAAAAAGUGGCAUCAUGAUGGCAGGCGUGCUAAGAAGCAUAAUUCCAUAAAGGAUUAUCUUUGCUGUGCCAAAUUCCUUAUUGAGAAAGGGAUUGUGCAGGAAAACAAGCUUGCUGGUUGGGGUCAUAGUGCUGGAGGACUUUUGGUUGCUUCAGCCAUCAAUUGUUGUCCAGAUUUAUUUCGUGCUGCAAUUUUGAAGGUUCCAUUUCUGGAUCCAAGCAACACUCUGCUCUACCCCAUUUUACCACUUAUGGCUGCUGACUAUGAAGAGUUUGGGUACCCAGGGGAUGUUGAUGAGUUUUGUGCUAUACAGAAGUAUUCUCCUUACGAUAAUAUUCAGAAGGACGUUCUUUAUCCAGCUGUAUUAGUUACCUCAUCUUUCAAUACACGAUUUGGGGUGUGGGAAGCUGCAAAAUGGGUUGCACGAGUUCGUGAACGUACAAUUUAUGAUUCAAGACGUCCAAUAUUGCUUAAUUUAACAACAGACAUAGUGGAGGAAAACAGGUAUCUGCAGUGCAAGGAAUCGGCAUUAGAGGCUGCAUUUCUUAUAAAGGCGAUGGAAUCUUAGAUUUGCUUUGGAUUUGCUUCCACCAAAUCUGUUGAUGUCACCCGGACAAAUGAUAGCAAUAGGGGAGAGGCAUCUUUUCAUGGAUCAAAAUUUUAAAAUCGAAAGUCCAUGAGUUGCAACCGGGAUCCAAUCAGGACCUAAGAGUAUGGAUUCUUUAUUCAACAUUCAAUUCACAUUUGGUUUCUACAUGUCAUAUGGUCUAGAAGCCCACCAUUUUAGGGUGUGGAUGAUCUGGCCUAACUUGGUGGUUCAUUUUAGAGAAAGGAACAAACUGUAUCAAGACAGGAAGGGCUUUCAAUAUAGGUGCAUGAUGUAGACUUUUGAUUAUACAAUUUUUAAUUGAGAUCACAAGUUUGUUA